GAGACGAUGGCUUUCGUGAAGACUAAAUACGCCGAUCAAAGCGAUGACUGGCCAGACAUACAGUUUCAUGUGCUCCCGGGGUCGACAUCAAGCGACUACGGCGCACAGAUUAGGAAAGUACAGGGGCUGACCGACGAGUUAUACAGUGCUUUCAAACCAUAUUCAGGUCUGCCUGCGUUCACAAUACUACCGACGCUAUUGAGACCCCUGUCCCGAGGAUUCAUACGCCUACGAUCGGCCAACCCAUUCAAACACCCAGUGAUUGAUCCCAAGAUCUUCAGCGACGAUCGAGACUUGGAUGUGCUCGUGGAGGGCAUGAAGUUGGCGCUGGCUGUCGGCCAGACACCACCCCUACAAAAAUAUAACGCCACUCCCAUUCAG